AUAAUUAUGUACACUUUUAACGAUUUUUAAUGUUUGGACAGUCACAAUAAUACUCAAUAGGGCGUGUCUGUUUGAUUGCUUUUAAUAUGGCUGGUUGGGUGAAGAAGGUCUUGUUUGGAAGGCAGUUGAGUCAUGGCUCAGAUAAUGAGAAUCCAAGCUCUUUUGAAGAAGCUUUUCAACAGCAGCAGACAGUCCUCAAUGUCUCCAAUCUAUCCACACCUGAUUCCUAUAUUGAAGAACCACCACAACUAAUGCCACAGACACUACAAACACCAGGAGGAAUUGCUUCUGGUCCAGGGAGCAAAGAAAUGACCACUGCCUACAAUAUUAGUAAUAAAAUAGUUCGGGAAAGGAUUGAGCAGGAGGCACCAGAGGAUGUUGCCAUUUUGGAUUCAAUUGCAGAGAGUGACAUUGUGUGUGUGCGUGGCACAUAUGAUCACAUUCAUCUUGUAUUGAAAGCUAUUGAUGUGCCAUUUGCACACGUAACACCAGCUCAACUACUCAAGAUGGAUCUCAAACCUGAUCAGACAGUUUACGUCAACUGUCCUUCUAGUUUUCCACCUGAAGCAGCUAAGAAGCUAUCAGGAUUUGUUGAAUCCGGUGGUAUGUUGAUUACUACUGACUGGGCACUUAAAUAUGUACUAGAGGUUGGUUUCCCAAACACAGUAAAGUACAAUGGGCGUGCGUCAGGAGAUGAAGUAGUAUCAAUUGAGAUUGUUGAUACUAAUGAUGAUGUGCUUAAAGGUUUCAUAGACCAAGAGAAGGAUGCAGCCCCAGUGUGGUGGUUAGAAGGUUCCUCCUAUCCAAUACAGGUCCUCGAUAGAGAGAGGGUUAAAGUUCUUGUUCGUUCUGAUGAGCUCAAGCGUCGUUAUGGUGAAGAUCCUGUCAUCAUUAGCUUUGAAUGGGGAAAGGGUAUAGUCUAUCACAUGAUCAGCCACUUUUAUUUGCAACGAAGUGAAACAAGGACAAAGAAACAAGAAGGAGCUGCCUCAUCUUAUGCCAAAGCACAGAACCUCUCGGCUGCUACUGUCAGCAUGCUUGAGGACAUGGAAAUGGACUCUUCUGAACUGAAUUAUGGAGCAAUCCAAAGUGCAGCAACUUCUUCUGAGUUCGUAUCUCGUGCUAUAGUUAAACAAAAGAAGCGAAAUAUGAAACUUUAACAACACAAUCAAGUUUUAUUUGGCCUGUGUAGUCACAGUUUUAAUUUUUUUUUUUUCAUUUUAUAGCUAGUUAGUUACUAUUUUUUAUAGUUUUUAUAGUUGUUUUAUGAUUUUGCCUUCCACGUUCAUUAGCCAUUAACCACACCUCAUCAAUAA